GAUUCUAGCAGAAUUUUCCUAUUGUUGUCUGCUCUCAAGAUGAAACAUGGUUUAUAGAGCUUAGCAGCAACACUCUAUUUCUAUUGGCUCUUCUCACUUUCCAUCCUCCCAUUCACAACAAUUCCCACUCCAUAAUAAAUAACAAACACACAUGAAAGCUAUAGAGAGCAAAUCUGGAAAUUAGGAUCUCACCCAAUUCAGAAAUCUUUGUCCUUGGAAGUUUUCAUAUGAUUCAAUUUGUCUAUGAACUUUGCUGUUCCCUUGUGGGAUACUUGCAUCUUGGAAUAAAGUGCCUAUUACUCAGGUGGAUCUAAGUUCUCUAGGCAGCUUUGAUAGUCAAAGAGGCAAGUAUCAAUAGUUAUGCAGGGGCAAAAGGUAUAAACCAACAUGGUCUUGGACAAAUUGAGAUAUAGAGUCCCCCUACUCUGAAGUCUCUAACUUUUUAUAGUGGAGAUUUUUUCAUACCACCUAUAUGGAUUGAGAUAAUUGUAUAAUGAAAACCCCCAUAUCUAUCGUCCAACUUUCACAAUUAUAAACAUAUGGCCAAUAUUUUAUCUAUAUCCUUCUAAAUUCCCACCUCCAUUUAUUGAAAGUCCAAAGCAUUUUAUUAAUUCACUAAUCACUUUUUUGCUGUUUGAUUUUUUCCCAUUUUCCUUACCCGAUCCCAUCAUACCCCCAUCCUUUUAUUUUCACUUUCAGCUCUGCAGCUUUGAUGCCCAACUCUGCCCAAACACAGAUCCUUAAAGGUCAACUCUACACAAUGACCAAUGCGGAAGAAGCAGACCAGCAGUGCCUCACGGUUUUUCCCUGGACCGAUGGCUCUGUAAUGGCAGCUCCAUAAUGGUGGCUGGUGAGGCUGAGGUGCCCAUGAGAGUUCUCUUGCUGUUCUGGGUUGGAAUGUCUCUAUUCCCUUCUGGCUUCUCUCAGGCUGGGCCCUCCCAAUACCUCAGAUCUCCAGAAGUGGUGACCCCUUUAAAGGUGACUGAUAGGGGCAGAAGUGCAAAAUCUCCAGGCUGGCUCUCCUACAGCCUGAAGUUUAGAGGCCAGAGACACAUUGUCCACAUGAGGGUCAAGAAACUCUUGGUUUCCAAACGCUUCCCGGUGUUCACCUACACGGACCAGCACACCCUCCUCCAGGAUCAGCCUUUUGUUCCUGAUGACUGCUACUAUCAUGGUUAUGUGGAAGGAAUCUCUGAGUCCCUGGUUGCCCUCAGUACCUGUUCUGGAGGUUUUCGAGGAAUGCUACAGAUUAAUGACCUUGCUUAUGAAAUUGAGCCCAUCAGGCACUCUACCAAAUUUGAACACUUGGUUUAUGAGAUAAAAACUAAUGAGACACAGUUCCCAACUAUGAGAUGUGGCUUAACAAAGAAGGAGAUAGCACUCCAACAGGUGAAAUUUGAAGAGGUUAAGAAGUCAACUCUGAAACAAAAUUCUAAUGAUAAAUUAUGGACCCACUCAUGGUUUCUGGAGCUGGUUGUGGUGGUAGAUCACAAUUUCUUAAUUUAUUCUCAAAGCAACUUUUCAAUGGUGCAGGAGGAUGUAUUUCUUGUUGUCAACAUAGUGGAUUCCAUUUAUCAGCAGUUGGGUACUUAUGUGAUUUUGAUUGGGAUUGAGAUUUGGAAUCAAGGAAAUGUUUUCCCAAUGAUAAGCAUAGAACAGGUUCUGGAGGACUUCUCUAAGUGGAAGCAAAUCAGUCUUUCCCAGCUACAGUAUGAUGCUGCACAUUUUUUCAUAAAAAACUCACUUAUAAGUGUACUUGGUAUAGCCUAUGUUGCAGGAAUAUGUCGUCCUCCUAUUGAUUGUGGGGUUAAUAAUUUCCAAGGAGACUCUUGGUCUCUUUUUGCCCUCACUGUGGCCCAUGAGUUAGGACAUACUUUGGGUAUGUGGCAUGAUGAAGAAUUCUGUUUGUGUGAGCAAAGUGGUUGCAUCAUGAAUGCUAUGAGAGUACCAGCAGAGAAAUUCACCAAUUGUAGUUAUAUAGAUUUUACAAAAACCACUUUAAACCAGGGAUCAUGUCUACACAAUAUUCCACAUCCAGGGGAAGUCUUUACGUUGAAGCACUGUGGGAAUGGCGUGGUUGAAGGAGAAGAGGAAUGUGACUGUGGAUCUAUAAAGCAAUGUGAACAAGAUCCUUGUUGUCUAUUGAACUGCACUCUGAGGCCUAGGGCUGCUUGUGCUUUUGGGCUUUGUUGCAAAGACUGCAAGUUCAUGCCAUCAGGGGAACUCUGUAGACAUCAGGUCAAUAAAUGUGACCUUCCAGAGUGGUGCAAUGGGACAUCCCAUCAGUGCCCAGAAGAUGUAUAUGUGCAGGAUGGGAUUCCCUGUGGUGACGAUGCCUACUGCUAUGAAGGGAGAUGUAAUAACCAUGACAAACAGUGCAGGGAGAUUUUUGGUGAAGGAGCAAAGAGUGCAUAUCAGAGUUGCUAUCAAGAAAUCAACUCCCUGGGAAACCGUUUCGGCCACUGUGGUAUAAGUGGCACGACAUACCUAAAAUGUAAUAUCUCAGAUAUCUUUUGUGGAAGAGUUCAGUGUGACAAUGUGACAGAUAUUCCCCAUCUGAGAGAUCAUUCUACUCUGCAGCAAACUCACAUCAAUGGUGUCACCUGCUGGAGUAUUGAUUAUCAUUUGGGAAUGGACACACCUGAUGUUGGUGAAGUAAAAGAUGGCACCAUGUGUGGUCCAGGAAAGAUCUGCAUACGCAAGAAAUGUGUCAGUUUGUCUCUCUUGUCACAAGUCUGCCUGGCUGAGACCUGCAACAUGAGGGGCAUCUGCAAUAAUAAACAUCACUGCCACUGUGGCUAUGGGUGGUCCCCACCCUACUGCCUACACAGAGGUUAUGGAGGUAGUGUUGAGAGUGGCCCAGCAUCUGCCAAAAAAGGUUUUUUGCUACUAGUUGUGAGUCUUAUUUUAUCUGUUUUGCUUUUAUUGUCAACUGCUGUAUUUAUGUACCAUAGAAAAACAUUUCGGUCUCAAGGAGACUAAGGCUCAGUCUUCAGGUUAGGAAACUGCCUCCAUUUUAAUAUCCUGUGCAGUAUUAAGUUUUACUCUCUUGGCAGUGAAAAUGUUACUACAUGCCUGGAACUGAGCACAUUUCUGACAAUAUACAGAAAAAUGCAGGGACCUUCCCUUUUGUCAGUAUCAGAAACAUCAGAA